AUGUCCCGUACCUCAAUCGAGCUACUGGACGGAUUACAAGAAGGAAUCUCUUUCAUAAAUGCUAUAGACAUCAACAAGCUUAAUGGAUUAUUGGGUCGUGUUUCUGCUGCGCUGUGCUCUGGAUGCUCACAGGUCUUUACUGAGGAAGAAGAGGAGAAAUUAAGUUCUUCAUUGGGCCACACUAUUGAGCAAACAAGACAACUCGUCCACACUGUACUGCAUAUUAUUCAGCAGGCUGCACAAGGUAUGGUACGUCCAGCUGUCUUGGGGGAACAUCUUUUAGCUGCUGGCAUUACCCAGGACAGAGUGGAAAUCUUCACAGAAAGCUGGAUGACAAACGCAAAGACCAUUGUUGAUAAGCUUCGGCAGCAGACCCUUUCAGAAAAGCAGCUGGAAGAUAUCGCCUGGGAGUUGCACUUGGAAACAGCUUCAUCGUGCCUGGCUCGGCAGUCACACCCCAUAGCCCACCUGCAGCUGAAUCUCGUCUCUGGUACUACUGCAGGGAAGCCAGAAGCAACAGAAAAGGUUGUAAUUCAGUUUGAUCAGGACCAGCUGUACCAGCUGUACGGUCAUCUGGAGCAGAUACAGUCGCAACUUGACGCUCUCAGAUAAAAUUGACCAGGGGAAAAAGAAAGGAUUUUUUUUAUGAUUUGGUAUGUACAAAAACUGAUUAGUAUUGUAAUUUUUUUUUCACUGCAGUAUAACGUGUAUAAAAAUAUUCUAAGUAGAGCUUGUGCACAUACUUUUACAAUUUUGUUACAGUAUUUCAUAGAUGUAUGAAAAUGCCUCUAUGGCAUUAAUUAUUAUACAUAUAUAUACAUAAAACAAGGGUUGGUUGACAUUAGCCUUAAUAAAUUGAUGUACAGUUGAAACGGCUACUCACAUUUACGACAACUUGACCCUAAAUUGAUGUACUGUACUAAGAAAUAUGAGAAAGUAAUGGAAAAUGUUAGGGAACUCAACAAGUAUAUUAUUGUAUUUAUGGGAAUGAACCAGUACAGGUUAUGUAAUACCCAGGAAUGAACCAGUACAGGUUAUGUAAUACCCAGGAAUGAACCAGUACAGGUUAUGUAAUACCCAGGAAUGAACCAGUACAGGUUAUGUAAUACCCAGGAAUGAACCAGUACAGGUUAUGUAAUACCCAGGAAUGAACCAGUACAGGUCAUGUAAUACCCAGGAAUGAACAGUACAGGUCAUGUAAUACCCAGGAAUGAACCAGUACAGGUCAUGUAAUACCCAGGAAUGAACCAGUACAGGUCAUGUAAUACCCAGGAAUGAACCAGUACAGGUCAUGUAAUACCCAGGAAUGAACCAGUACAGGUCAUGUAAUACCCAGGAAUGAGCCAGUACAGGUCAUGUAAUACCCAGGAGUGAACCAGUACAGGUCAUGUAAUACCCAGGAAUGAACCAGUACAGGUCAUGUAAUACCUAGGAAUGAACCAGUACAGGUCAUGGAGCACCUUGAGGAAUGAGAGGUAGUCAGGUUUGAUCUGAGAAAGGAGGGGAGAAGGAGCUUCAGUUCCUUGAAUCAAGAGUUCUGUAAUGAGUUCCUUUUAGUUUAGUCAUCUCUCUUCAGAAAAACAUUGUACUCUCGGUUCUAUUUCAGCAGAAUACUCUCUACAGGUGCAGUAAUUAUAUGUACAGUUUUGUAUAUUAAGUUCUAGUUUGUAUUUGUUAGUGUAGUUACAGUACAUUAUUAUUAUUAUUAUUAUUAUAAUUAUUAUAAGCAUGAUGAUACAUUAAACCUGUAGGGGUUAUACGACACCUGAGGUAUGUUAGUUUCCAUGCUGUCUGUAUACAGUAUUCUUUCUUGUCAUUUAUGACAAUACAUUUCAUAAAAAUAACAAUAUUUAUAUUUUAAUAUUACUCAUGUCUAUUAUAGGCAGUGUCACCUUCUUUUGUUACAUUGCUCUUUUUCCUUUCAAAGAGGCUGCCUUGAUUUUAGGCUACUCUUAAUCCAAGACAUCGGACCUACCCCUUCCAUCUUGGCUCAUACUUGAUUGCUUCCUAUUUGCCUGUUAUUGUAGUACCCUUGUGAAUUUAGUAGACUUCUGAAAAGAUAUCUGUUGAAUGAAUAAUAAUGAAUGCAUUUCCUUCUUUGGGUCAUCCUGCCUUGGCAGGAGGCAUCCAUUAAAAAACAAUAAUUUGAAAUGUAUUAUUCACAGACUAAUGUAUUGCCUCUAGUAUGUAUAAAGAAAGUGUUGAAUGAUGAUGAAAGUAUUUUCUUUUUGGGGAUUUUCUUUCUUUUUUGGGUCACCCUGCCUCGGUGGGAGACGGCCGACUUGUUGAAAAAAAAAAAAAAAAAAAAAAAAUGUAUAAAUCAUAUAUUCACAUAGACCAAGAAUUAAUACUGUGUUAAGUUAUUGGAAUUUCAUUGUGUUCAUCCACUUCUACAAAAAUUAUUAUCUGUACUGUACUACAUUCAUGAGGAAAUGCUAAAAUUGUAGGGGGUCAUACAGCACCUCUGAUAUGAGAAGCAAUCAGGUAUGAACUGGGUAACUCCAGUUAUGUGGAUCAAGAGCCCUUCAUUAGCAUCAAGGCACUCUUUUCCUUCUUGAAUGGAUAACCCAAAAAAAUAGGGUUUUCUUGUAUUCUUAAAUGCCCAAUUAAUCUUGUAAUACUGACUGUAAUUCCCUUAGCAUGUGGGUGAUGCUUCUCUCAAGGGAGGUUACUUGAUGCCAGUAACCUCCAAGGAAUUGGAUAUAGCCUCAAUCUCUCUGAUAUGAACCUGAUUAUGUCCCAUUCACCUAGGUGCAGUAUGACCCCUACUGGUUUAGCCAUUUCCCAUGACUGUUUUUUAAAGGGGCGGACUGGUAAGCUAGCGGAAGACCUCGGUCAGAUGACCAAAAGCUCCAGUUGCACAUCAUCAUAUGACUAAGACCAGUGUCAGGAAACCACUUUUCCUGUUUCCUAACAAACCUUACCUAAACUAACCUAACCUAACCUGAAUAAUUUUUUUUUUCCAACAUGCCAGUCAUAUCCCACUGAGGCAGGGUGACCUAAAAAGAAAACUGAGUCUUUUCUUUUCAAAUUUAAUUAUAACUUGAAUAAUAAGCAGUUAUAAUAAUGUGGGUGAUGCUGUAUGACCCAUUUCUGUAAAGUGUCUGCUUGUGAAUGUAAUAUAUGUGGGUGUUGUACUUGCAAGUCAGUUGUGAAUACACAGUUUCCUCAGUACAUGGACUCUUGCCGUAUAGCUCAGCAUGAUAGUUCUAAGAUAAAUGGUAUAAAAUACUGACGCGAUGGAAAAAUACACAAAUGGAGUACAAUGUGAUCCCUUAUUGACUAUGUUUCACUUAAACAGUGGGCUUUAUCAAGUCAUUCACAAUUAAUCUGUUUGUGACUUGAUAAAGUGCACUGUGUGGGCAAAAUUUAGCCAGUAAAGGAUUGCAUUAUACUGCAUUUGUGUCUUUUUCCAUGAUGGUUCUAACACACAUCUAGUAGCUGUAUUUGCAUCUUCAUGAAAUUAUAUACAAUGCUGUAUGAGGAUACCAUGCUGAAGAGUACCCUAUUGACUGAUGCCCCACUGUACUGGGGUUGAUAUAUUUGAACUAACCUCAGGUUAUAAGGCACUGGUAUAAUCUUUUGUCUUGUUAAUCAAAGAGCAUGUAUUGCUAUAUUUAAAAAAUAAUUAAACCAAUAUGAGUCAUGUAAUGUUGCUCAGAGAGUAUGUUAAUAGGGUAACAAAAAUGCAGCUGCAGUGAAGAUCUUUAUUUGUACAGUGUUUCACCCAACACCGGGGUUUUUUCAAGUACAUAGCACACAAGAGAAAUGAUCUAAGUAACAUACAGGGAGGUCUACCAGCCCAUGUUCAGCUGACCGUGUUUCAAAACAAUACGUACAAUGAGAGUUGAUACCCAAUAUCACUCCCUUGUUUUCUUUAAUGGUGUCAGUUUGAUAACCGACAAUUCUAGGCAUCAUCUCAUUUGGUCUUGCUCCUGUUAUAGUAGUUCAGCUUUAACCCACACCUUGAUCUAAGAACUUUAGUUGUGAUGCUGAUCACAGGUGUUAUUGUGUGUUUUAAGAGCAUAUCUGUAUUCCUGUAGACAGACUGAUAGACUUUUGGCUGUUUCUCUGAUGCAUACCUAGUCACAACCACCACAUGGAAUUCUUUACAUUCUUGCAUCCUUAGGUCUGUUACAUGGCAUCAACAUUCAUGUAAAAUCCCAGAUGGUCUUAGUAGUGACUGCUAUGAUGGCCAUGCUGGAUUCUGAAAGGUGGAAAACACUGGCCACAGUGGUACCCAUAGGUAAUAUGUACAUCUUGUGUUGUUUUUCCAUCUCCUAGCAUUGCAGUGCAUCUCACUGGCAUCUCUUUGCCAGAGGUUAGGAAAACAACAACACAAGUACAUAUUACCCACAGGUACUGUCAGACUGUCUCCCACCCUUCAGAAAUCCAGCAGUGAUGUCAUGAUAGUCACUACAAAGAUCAUACGGGGUCUCACCAGGACCUUGAUGUCAUAUACCAGCCCUAAGGAUGCAUUAGUGUAGAGAAUUCAGUGGGGUGCUAGUAACCAGAUAUACACUGGGGAAAAAGUUUAGAAGUCUGUCUAGAGAAAUGCUCAUAAACAGACACCCGUGUACAGCAUCACAAUUCACAUUCACACUGCAUGGCAUGGGACAAAGCUGAGCUUCUAUACCACAUAGAUAAUGCCUGGAAUCAUAAGUAUCAAAUUAACCUAAACCCUUAAACAAAAUGAUGGGAUAUUUACUGCAUCAUUUCCCACAGUGCAUAUUUUAAAUCACAACUGAACCUAAUGGGCUGGUAGGCCUCCUGCAGUGCACCUUCCAUGCUUGAGUAAUUUUACAUAGACCUAAGCAUGUGACACCUGAAGGUGAUGCCACUCCCUGUGGACUAUCUAGACCAAAACUUAUCCAGAGGGCUGAGGAGGGGUUAUUGAGGUGGUUCGGACAUGUAGAGAGGAUGGAACAAAAUAGAAUGACUUCAACUGUAUAAAUCUGUAGUGGAGGGAAGGUGGGGUAGGGGUCGGCCUAGGAAAGGAGGUUUUGUGUGCGAGAGACUUGGAUUUCCAGCAAGCAUGCGUGAGUAUGUUAGAUGGGAGCAAAUGGAGACAAAUACUUUUUAGGACUUAGACGUGCUGUUGGAGUGUGAGCAAGGUAACUUUAUGAAGGUAUUCAGGGAUACUGGCAGGCUGGACUUAGAGUCCUGGAGAUGGGAAGUAUAGUGACUGCACUCUGAAGGAGGGGGUGUUAAUGUUGCAGUUUUAUAAUUGUAGUGUAAGCAAUCCUCUGACAGGACAGUGAUGGAGUGAAUGAUGAAAGUUUUUUUGUUUUGGGCCACCCUGCCUUGGUGGGAAACAGCCGAUGUGGUAAUAGUAAAAAAAAAAAAAUGUCUGGUGUGUACUUUGAAAAAGUCCAGUUUUGAGCAAAAUGUUCAAAUAAAGAUCACCACAAGAAUUGUCCCUGUUACCAAUUGUCUGCAGCUUGCCACUGUCCAACAUUUUCAACCUCUUUCAUUGCUGAUUCCCUCACUGGCUGCCUUCUUGUCAGAAAUGCCCACCUUCAGUAUGCUCACAGAGUGAAAGAGGCACUACUCCCACCUUUCCCUCUUAACUGAAACUGACUUAUUACACCAACUUUUAACUUGCUGCUAUGGCUCCUUGAGUAGCAAGUUAAUCUCAGGAUUUGCUGAUGAAAGAUUGAAACCCUUUACUCCUUGUACUGAUGACCUACACUGGUAUAGCAAUUUGUACAAAUAUAAGAAUAACACUCCUUUGUCAUGUGCUGAAUGACCCAUAUAGGUUUAGGCCUUUUAUCAGAACAUAUCUAGUACUUAUACCUACGUAAAUGUAUUAAGAUGUUUAGGCUGAAAAGAAAAAAAAAAAGCGUUUUUAUUGUAUACUUUAUUCAUAGUGAGGAAGGCUGUACAUACCUUAGACAAUACUGAGGACAUAGCUCAUGGUGGAGAUGUUUGACCCAAAAUAAUAGUGUAGCGAAGAGGAGCAUCCAUGCCACACAAACAUAUUAUUAUUAUUAUUAUAAUCAAAAAGAAGCGCUAAGCCACAAGGGCUAUACAGCGCUCACACAAACAUAAAUAAUACAAAAAUAAUAUUCUGACUGGUUACCUACUAUACCAAGUCACUUAUACUAUAAUCACAAACAUUAACCUUGGGGCACAGUGCUGUUCAUAAUUAUUGACAGCUGGUGGAUUUUCUUUUCUACACACAUUUUAAUAAUCAAAUUAGGCGCUAAACCCAAAAGGGUCAUACAGCGCUGCAACACACUGUAAUGAUGCUGUAUUUAAUAAUGAUCAAAUGUUAACUAAACAGUGAUAACAUUUAAAUUUUUUUUUAAGUACUGUAACUUUGAUUAUACAGUAUUUUUAUGUAUACCAGUGGUAGAAUAUAGUAUGUUAAUAAGACAAUAUGCAUUUGAUGGCAUUUUACUAAGUUCGUCCUGCAGGGACCAUCUUGUUUCGUGGAGGACAUUUUAUCUUGAUAAAAUGCCACAAACCUCACAUUGUCUUUACAGCAUUUUUAAUAUGGUUUAGAUUUUCUUUUAUAAAUAUUGGGAUAAUUUUUUUCAUUUUAAUGUAUAUGGUGUCAAGCAAUAAAAAGUCCAAGUGCCAAUGAACAAGAUAAAA